AUGGGUAUCGCUGUCGGAGCAUCGACUCUACAGUCCGAUUUGGACGCGACUCAGGCUUCACAGCCUGAGUUGGAGAAGGUUAACUGGUGGCAAGAGCCUGGUCUGCGCAAGCUCUAUUUCUGGGCUGCUGUGCUUUGUGUCGCUUCUGCUACUACUGGAUACGAUGGAAUGAUGCUUAACACCUCCCAGAAUUUGGAUGCGUGGCAAGUGUACUUCGACAAACCCAGUGGCUCCAAGCUGGGAUUGAUGAAUGCAGUUUACCAGAUUGGUAGUCUUGCCAGCUUCCCUUUCGUGCCUUUCAUCGCUGAUCGAUGGGGUCGCAAGGUUCCCAUCGCGAUCGGAUGUGUCUUGAUGAUUUUCGGUGGCUUGCUAGGUGCAUUCUGCACAAACUAUGGAAUGUAUGUCGCCGGUCGACUGCUCCUGGGCUUCGGCAACAGUCUGGCCCAGAUGGCAUCCCCAGUCCUACUUGCCGAAAUCUGCCACCCCCAGCACCGUGGAAAGGUUACUACUAUUUACAACUGCUUGUGGAACUUGGGCGCACUACUUGUCGCAUGGCUUGCAUGGGGAACGAUGUAUAUCCCCAACGAUUGGUCAUGGCGCAGUUUGACUAUCCUCCAAAUCCUCCCCGCUGUCAUUCAGAUCAUCUUCAUCUGGUGGGUCCCGGAAUCUCCCCGUUGGCUCGUCUCUAAGGAGCGGUACGAGGAAGCAUUGGACACACUCGCCUACUACCACGGAAAUGGAGAUCAGAACAACACUACCGUUCAAUUUGAAUACCGUGAGAUCAAGGAGACCAUCAGCUUGGAGAUGCGGUACCAGAAGAACAGCAGCUACUUGGACUUCAUGAAGACCAAGGGUAACCGUUACCGCUUGGCACUUCUGAUUUCUCUGGGUGUCAUUUCCCAAUACAGUGGCAAUGCCUUGUUCAGCAACUACACCAAUUUGAUCUACAACAGCAUGGGUAUCACCGAACAAACUAAGAAGAUUCCUCUCAAUGGUGGACAAACACUACUCAGUCUGGUUGUCAGUGUUUCAAGUGCAUUCUUCGUUGACCGGGUCGGACGACGACCUCUGUUCCUGUUUUCUACAGUUGGCAUGGUUCUCAUGUUCCUCGCAUGGACUGUCGUUUCCUCCGUCUUCGAAAGGACCGGCGAUGUCAAGACUACCGGCUACCCACAAGUCGUCUUCGUCUGGCUCUUCUCUAUGUUUUACGCCAUUGCCUGGUCGGGUCUGCUCGUCGCAUACUCGCUCGAGAUCUUGCCCUAUCGUCUACGCGCCAAGGGUGUUAUGAUUAUGAACCUGACGGUGCAGGCAUCUCUGGUUCUCGGAAAUUACACCAACCCAAUUGCAUGGGAGGACCUUCCUCACCACUGGAACUUGUCGCUGAUCUACACGAUUUGGAUCUUCGUCGAGCUCUGCUUCGUCUAUUUCUUCUACGUUGAGACCAAGGGUCCCACUCUCGAGGAGCUGGCUAAGAUCUUCGAUGGUGAUGAUGCCCAGGUAGCGCAUGUUGAUCUCCAACAGGUCGAGAAGGAGAUUGAAAUUACCGAGAAGGAGUCGCCUGAGUAUAGGGAACGUGCUUGA